AUGAAGUCAUUGAAUUUCGCGGGAAUUGCGGCAGCCAUCUUUCUUGCUGCCUCCACAGUUGCCAGUGCCGCUCCAACGCUUAGCUUUUCAGGGCUCAAUCAGGCUCAAAUCGAAGCGCUGACCCCGGUUGCGAAUAUUGCACCGACGUCAACAACAGGAAACUACUUUAACAACGUGAUCGGCAACCAGUUCAAUGGUGGCGGCGGGUUGAUCGCACGAUCUCCGUGGGAGGGCACGUCCCACCAGAACACCGACGGUGUUUUCAGCUCGGUGCAGGGCGGAUCUUCGGCAACCUUUGAAUUUGACAAGGUCCAGACCGGACUGUCCAUGAUCUGGGGAUCUCCUGACAGCUACAAUGACCUGGUGAUUACGUUGUUGGGAGGUGGUGGCACCUACACCAUCAACGGCAAUGACGUGAAAGGCCCAAGCGGCAUUCUGGCUUCACUGGUCGGCGUCACGAAUGUCGCAUUCCAGAAAAUUGUUCUCACGUCGGGUUCCAACGCUUUUGAGUUUGCCAACCUGAAAACCACACCCGUCCCGAUCCCAGCCGGCGCUCUGCUUCUGGUGACCGCGGUCGGUGGGCUCGCGCUGGUGCGUCGCAGGAAGUCCGCGUAA